UACCACGGGCAUUUAGAAUUUGUCAAAGAAAUUCUAAAGAAAAGUCCAGAACUUGUUGAAGUGCUGGAUUCGCGACGAUGGUCUCCUCUUCACGUGGCAUCUGCUCAAGGCCAUCUUGAAAUUGUACAAGCACUCGUAUCGAAGAAUCCGGAUAUGUGCACAGCUCUUGAUGGAGAUGCUAGAACCCCUCUACAUCUUGCAGCCAUGAAAGGUAAGGAGGAGGUCUUGGACAAGUUGUUUGAAGCCAGCCUCUAUGGUCCCCAUGAGUUGAUGCAUGUUAAGGAUGUUGCUGGUAAUACCAUAUUGCAUCUAGCUGUCAGGAAUAAACAAUUGCAGGUUGUGAACUAUUUGCUUGAGAAAAUAAAAGCAGAAAAAACAGAAAAUAGAAUAAAUGCAGUAAAUGCAGUAAACAAUUGUGGGUACACAGCAUAUGACAUUGUGAUGGAAAGUAAAAAUAAGCAGGAAUUCAUUGACAUUAUAGUCACCUUUCGAAAAGUGAAAGCAAUGAAAGCAAAAGAUCUUUGUCAAGAUGAAUGGUGGUCAAAAAAACGAGACAUAUUAAUGGUCGUGGCAUCACUUAUCGCGACAAUGGCUUUCCAAGUUGCGGUAAAUCCUCCAGGAGGUUUCUGGCAAGACAAUACACCUCCACAUAGAGCUGGCGAAGCUAUAAUGGCUUAUAACUAUCCAAAUACAUAUCCGUAUUUCAUUCGUGCUAACACGACAGGAUUCGUUGUAUCUGUGAGUACAAUCUUAUUGCUCAUAACUGGAUGGCCGUUCAAGAAAAAGUAUUUCAUGUGGCUUCUGGUAGUGGGCAUGUGGGUGACAAUUACAUCAAUUGCUUUUACUUACGCAUUUUCGAUCGUAGUUGUCUCACCAAAAAACGUAAGGGAACCGCUUACUUAUACAAUUGUAGUUGGAGCCAUAGUGUGGUGCUGUGUGAUGGCGAGUCUCAUGAUAGUUCACACGAUUCGCGGGAUAAAUUGCUGGUUGAAGACCAACAAAGGGAUAGAUGUUUGGCCACAGAUUAAAGAGUUCUUCAAAUCCAACACAAGUAGAAAAGAUGAAAACUCAAGGAGUAUCUGUUAGGUGUUGGUCUGAGGUGGAGUUGUGAGCAAAGGUGGAUCUAUUGAGGAUGGCUGUUGCCUCUGCUGUUUGCUGUUGGUCUGUUUGGGCAGAGAUCCAUUUGAGGGUGGCUGCUGCUGAUGAUGUUUGAUGCUGGUAUUUUUGCUGCUGUUUGCUGGUGUUGGUCUGUUUGGGCAGAGAUCUGUGGCGCAGAGAAAAUUUUUUCUCUGUAAUUUUCUUUUUUCUGUUUCUGUUGUUUUUGGUUUUGUUUAGUUAUUAAUUGGGUGUGGUUGGUUUCUGUGUUUGUGGUUAGUUACUCACCAACUCUCGAUGGUGUGCUAAUAUAUGAUUGGGUAGAGUUAUCGAUGUCAACUUUUAGUUGUGAUUGAUUUAUUUCAUUAUGAUACUUUUUGUACUCAUUCAUUUUCUUUAUUGUUGUAAUAUUCUAAUGGUUCAUCAAUAAAGUUUCCUUCUUUUUUGCUUA